AUGACCACCCUGUCGCCUCCCGCCUCCCCGCAGCCUGCGCAGCUACACCCCCAACGGCCGCGCGCAGUUUCCUCCAUGAGCCAUGCCUCAACCAGUUCGAGGAAGAGCAAAUCGUCGAACAAACUCGAAAUGCUUGAGAGUCCCCGCGACAAGAAGAGGUUCAACGCCGAAAGUAAGGCAGAUCCGACUGCUGCGCUCAAUGAAGCCACUCCAGGUGAAAUUGCUCAACAACAUUCGAACCUCGAUAGUCUGCGGCGUACACAAUACAAGGAUCAGGAUGGUAAUGUUAUCGCUGAUCCUGACCGGUCCAAUCCCACACGCCCUAGAUUGGAGCGUCCCCUCGACACUAUCCGGUCAUUCAACGCGGCUGCAGAGGGCACUGCAUCGCGUCGAAGCUCAUCAUACGGCAAUAGACCUAUCUCACAAUACGGCAGUCCUGACGCCGGUCACUCACGUCAAGGAAGCUAUUACAGCUCCCCUGGAUUUGGUCCCAGAAACUACAACUAUAAUCGCCCGACUCCCGGUGGUGGAUACUAUCGGAACAAUUCGAAUGGCUACCUCAAUCAACAAGGGGCCUCAUUCGAUGAAAAUGCCGAAUAUCAAUAUCAAGACCACUACCGCCCACCCCCGCCCCGCCCUGGCCCGGGCAUGCGCAAUAUGAACGGCGGCUCGAACCCGUAUUAUGGCAACGGUCAUCCUACUGAGCAACCCAUGUCGGUCCACUCCCAUCAGCAGUCUUAUGAGACCAUGACAUCCGGAUCUGAUGAGAACGGCAAGUCCACGAAUCCCAGUUCGCUUAACAGCUCGUAUGAUCAAUUGCACAUGAUGCAUCCCCAUCUUCGCAAGCAGGACAACUAUUCGCAACAAUAUCAGUCACAGUACGAUAAUGAGAUGAGCUUUGCGCCAGUAUCGCCGGUCUCUCCACAACUGCCACAAAGCUCUUCCUUUAGCAACGGCAAUAUGACCGACAGCGCCGGCCCCGGAUAUUACGGCAAUGGUCAUCAGAAUGGAGGGAACUACUCCUCUCAUCAGCAGCAGCAGCCCAUGCCCCCACCUAAAGAUUCACAAGCUGGCUUUGCACGUCGGCCGAUCAACUUGAACUCUCCGCCAGCUGCGCCGAGCAGCGGCGCGAAUGGUGGUAGUGGAAGUCCGAACAAAGGCGAUAGCACCAAGAGGCAGAGUUGGCUGAGCAGGAAGUUCUCCAGGAAGGAGAAAUAA